AUGAAUCAAUAUAUAGAGGAGGCAAAUGGAUCAUCAUCCAUAUAUUUAUAAACAGUUAACUCUUUAAAGAAUUCAUUAAAAUACUAAAAUUUCAUUAGCAAAACCAAAUUAACAUUUAAUGAAAUAAAAAAUAUAAUAAAAUGGUAUGAUUUAAAAAGAAAUCAGAGAAUGAUUAGAUAGGCAACCUAACCAGAUUAGAAUAAUGAUGUUUAAAAAUAGGUUACGUAAUAAGGAUUAGUUAUUAAUUAAAUGCAAUAACAAAUUAAUAAGCAAUCUAUUGAGAUAGACAAUUUAAAAAAAAGUAUUUUCUAAAGAGAAAACAAAAAAUAGAAUGGAAUUCAUUAAAAAUCUAAAUCAUCAACUGAAGAUGUAUUAGAUUAAUAAACCAAUUUUAUAAAUAAAUAAUAAAAAAUAAAUUUUCAAUAACAUGAUUAGGAUUUAGAAGAUCAGAUUAAGGUAAUAAUAUCUUAAGAGUUCGAAAAAAUAUAUAAAUUGAUAUCUUAAUAGCUUAAAAGUGAUAUCAACGAUAUUAUAUAUUAAAGUAUAUAAGAGUAAAUUUUGGUUAGCAAUAAUAAUUCACCAAAAUUAGAAUCUUUUAGAAAAUUUUCAUAAACAAAACAGUAAUCAGAAGAUUCUUAAUAAAAUAUUAAUGUAAUUGUUGAAUGUUUAAAUGAAUAAAUAGGUGAAUAUGUUAAUAAUAAUUACAAUUUUGAUCAAGCUAAAAGAAAGCUCAAAUGUUUGAAAUUGUAAUAAAUAAACUUGCUAUAUGAAGAAUUAAAUAGUUAAUUCAAUUAAAAUUCACUAAAAGAUUAUUUUAUAGGACCUGUUGAACCACUAAAGGAAUCUCAAUACAAUCUAAAAUAAACUAAACUAUUAGAAUAUAUCAAUGGAGAACGGAGAGCAAGAGAUGAUAGUAAUAAUUUCUAUGCAGUUUUUGGAUAUUAAUAUUUAGAUAUUAUACUAACAAAUGCUGAUGAUUAGAAUUUUGAAACAUUUAUGGAAAAUAUUAAGGGAAUUCCAUUUGAUUUAUUGAAUAAUAUAUAAGAUUUUAGUAAAGAAGAAUAAUAAGAAUUGAAAGAGAUAUUUUGUUAUAGAUGCAUAGAAUUAAGAUAAAUUGAGAUAUCAUAAAGAUCUAAUGAGCUUUGGUAUCAAAUUAGUGACAUUAAUAAUUGUUUCUAUGGAUUAACUAUGAUAUUCAUUAGAAAUUUAAUUUAAUAAAUAGUACAAUAAUCAGAAUUAAACUAAAAUUUAAAUAAUAAAGAUUCUGAAUAAUUAUUAAAAAGAAUUUUGGAAUGGAGCUCUUCAUGUCCUGAAGCAGAAUUUAUUAUGGAAAUUUUAUCACAUGAAUUAGAAUUGUAUUAAAUUUAAUUUAUAAAUUAGAUGUAUAAUAUUAUUUUAUUUAAAAGAAGAGAAGUAGGAAUUCUCAUUAAGAAUAUUCGGAAAUGAAUAAAAUUAUCAGCUUAAUAUUAUAUAAUAUUAAAAUGAAUGUUAUUCUAUUGGAAUUAAGAAUUGA